GGCAUUCUCAGUCCAUUUUUCAAUGGUGCACAACCCUUUUAUUACCCAAGAGAGAAUUAUGUGGAGAAUUUUUCAUUAAUGAGCUAAAUCUGACCCAUAAUCGAUUUCAGAACAGCCUUGAAUGGGGAGAUGAAACUCUCUCUCCUCCAGGCUUCGGGGGUGAGAAAUGCUACAGAGGAGACGAGAGACAGAGCGUGUGUUAAUAGACCUCCCUCAACCUCCCCCCGAUCCUCCACACACUCCCUCGCUCCCAGAUAAGAGAGCAGAACUCUCUCGCUCCGGUCAUUUCACACACUGCUCUGGGAUAGGAAGGAAAGUUCUCCUCUUUUGUUUACUUUUCUCUCAUGUUAAGAGCAUACAGAUUGGGAGACUCAUUUAAAAGGGCUGUCUCCGCUUCUCCUUGAAUUCUUUCUUAGCCGUCUUAUCUGUCUGUGAGAGUGUGUUGUGGUUACUCAAGGCUCAGUGCCUCAGUGCCUGUUGCCAUUUCUUCAGGGGAGCCUCGUGAAAACCAGGAACUUCUCCAGCAUCAGAGGUUCUUGCAAUCCAACUGUAAAGAGAAAAGAGUCCAAAAAGCCUCUUCAUCUCAGCCAUGUGUUCCUUCAUCAAAAGAGUUUGAACUACUGAGUUGGCACUUUCUCUUGACUGCAGGGGGCCUUUGCUUUUGCUCCUGCUGCCAUGAGGUUUGCCAGAAGCGGUUGGCAAUUGGCACUGCUGCUGGCGUCCGUUGGCCUGGUGAGUUCUGGAAACGGGAACGGUCAAGGGAGACGUGGGGGAGGCGAAAGGCGGAAGAAGCUUCACCGCGUGCAGCACGGUCAGUGCAGCUACACCUUCAUCCUUCCGGAGAUGGAGAGCUGUCAGGGUGGAACGGAGCAGAUGAGCGGGACCAGCAUGGUUCAGAGGGACUCCCCGCCGGCCGAUGGCGAGUGGUCCAAUCAGAAGCUGCAGCAUCUGGAGUCGGCCAUGGAAAACAACACACAGUGGCUGCAGAAGUUAGAAAACUACAUCCAUCAGAAGACAGGGAUGGUGCAUUUUCAAGCUGAUGCAGUCCAUAACCAGACUGCCACUAUGCUGGAGAUCGGCACCAACCUGCUCACCCAAACCGCAGAGCAAACAAGGAAACUCAAUGUCGUUGAAGCCAAGGUUAUGAACCAGACAUCAAGAAUUGCAAUUCAGUUAUUAGAGAAUUCAUUGUCAACAAACAAACUGGAGAAGGAACUCUUAACACAGAUUUCAGAAAUCUCCAAACUUCAAGACAAGAACAGUCAUUUGGAGAGUAAAGUCUUGGUCUUGGAGUCACAGCAGAGGACAGAGCUGGAGGACAUGAGGGAGGAGAAGGAGCGCCUGCAGGACCUGGUGAAAAGACAGACAGUUGCCAUUACGGCUCUGGAGAGACAGCUGAGUGCGGCCAGCAGCAACAACUCAGUCUUACAGAGACAACAUCAGCAGCUCAUGAAGUCCGUACACACACUUAUCGGCAUGGUGUCUUUUGGUACAGGCAUCUCAUCAAAUGAGCAGCACUUCAGAGACUGUGCCGAGGCCUAUAAAUCCGGUCACAACACCAGCGGAGUCUACCACAUUUACAUCGGAGACACGACCGAGCCAACCAAGGUCUAUUGUGAUAUGGUGACAAGCGGAGGUGGCUGGACGGUAUUCCAGCACAGAUACAACGGAAAUGUGAACUUCCAGAAAGGGUGGAAAGACUACAAACUGGGAUUCGGUGAUCUUAGUGGAGAGCACUGGCUGGGUAAUGAGGCUGUUCACCUGAUCACCAGUCAAGCCCAGUACUCCCUCCGAGUGGAACUUAAGGACUGGGAGGAGAAUGGCGCCUAUGCUCUGUAUGACAAAUUCCAGCUCGCCGGUGAAAAACAACAGUACAGACUCUCGCUAGGAAGCUAUAGUGGAACUCCAGGACAGCAAAGUAGCUUAGCAUCAAACGGCACAGGCUUCAGCACUCGCGACGCUGACAAUGACAAGUGUGUUUGCAAGUGUGCCCUAAUGAUGACUGGAGGCUGGUGGUUUGAUGCUUGCGGUCUGUCCAACCUCAACGGAAUCUACUACACCGUGGGUCACAAUAUCCGCAAGCUCAAUGGGAUUAAGUGGCAUCACUUCCGUGGACCCAGCUAUUCACUCCGGUCCACUUCCAUGAUGAUCCGUCCAGCUGAUUUCUGACGUGAAUAAAUUAGCAUUGCCGCAAGCUUGUCAUAUUGAUAAUGAAAGGACAUAAAGUGCUUGCCUUGGGACAUAGAUGCAACAAGGUGGAGACAAAUAAAGAUGUCAUUUAAUGGAUGAACGGCGAUGUUUCACUACAGAGAGCAGGAGUGGACAAAAACUAUCAGACUGAAUAUUUGGUUUCAUUACUACACCACCAUUUUCUUUUUUUACACAUUUAAACAUGCUUCACCUUUACACCUACUUUUGUCUUUCACCUUUACACCAACUUUUUGAGUUCAUGUGUGGCUUAUAACCUGAAACUCUCUUAGUGAUGGUGUCAAAAUGUGGCAAAAUUGUGGCAUGAUGUAAUUCCAAAGGAAAACAUUUCAAACCUAAUGAGUCUGAUUCCAGAACUGUUCUGGAUGUUCAAGAGGAAUAACUUUAAUUUCUAAGAUGUGCUAUUUUGUAAAAGAUAAUAGCUAUUAACAAUUUAGUGAGACAGAUGACUAGUUCCACUACCAUUCGGAAACUUGAGGUUGGUAAGAUUUUUAGGCUCUUAUAGUCACCAAGGCUGCAUUUAUUUGAUCAAAAAUACAGUAUUAUAAUUUAAAAUACCUAUUUGAAUAUACUAUUUAAAUAUAAACCUUUGAUGCUGAAUUUUCAUCAUCAUGACUCCAGUCUUCAGUGUCACACGUUCCUUCAGAAAUCAUUCUAAAAUGCUGCUCAAGAAACAGUUCUUAAUUAUCAAUGUUGAAAACUGUUGUGCUGCUUAAUAUUUUUGUAGAAAUCAUGAUUAAUUUUUUUUCUUUGUAAGUAUUCUUUGAUAAAUAGAAUGAUGAAAAGAACAGCAUUUAUUUGAAAUAGAAACCUUUUAUAGCAUUAUAAAUGUCUUUACUUUACUUGUUGAAUUAAAGUGUUAAUUUCUUUAAACAAAUGUACUGACCCCAAACUUUUGAAUGGUAGUGUUACUAGUGUAGCUUCUUAGCAAGUCAGCUGGUUAGACGGAGUCAUUGUAUAAUGUUAUGUAUAGUUUUAAUAACUGGAUAUUUUUAAUAUUUUGUAUCUCUUUCUUUUUUUUUUUUUAAGCCCUGAAACAUACUCUGUACAAGAAUGUCAAUGCAAACACUUCUAACUCCAGUGUGUAAUUUAAUAAGACUAAAUUCUAUUUGUUUAACAUGUUAUUAGUAUUGCUAUGGAGGCUAUUUAGCAUAAACUAUCAUCUUUAUGGUCUUCACGGAGUAACAUUUGCAAGUAAAUCUUGCCGGGCAGCUUAGAGUAGUGUUAUUUGGGAAGUUUAUAACUAGCUACUGAAUGUAACUCUUUUCUGCACUCUUUUGUACAUAAAUUCUUUAAAGCAACUCGAAAGCAAUGUGCUGCGUUUGCCCACUUGCAUAAAGUAUGUUUCUGGCCUUAAAAUUGUUUGUACCCGUGUGAUGUGUAUGUAUUGUAUGCAAGAGAAAGAUACUAUAUUUUGUUUAUUCAUGUUUUGAAAUAUGUUCUGUGUGUCCUAUUGUUCCCAUUUCAAGACUAGAUGUCAUUUUUUAGGAGGAUGCACUUUAAGGAGCACAGUAUGACGGUCAUGUGGUUAGACAGCAGAUACGCUGAUAGGAGCUGACUGUUCCGACAAUUGUACAGUGUGAACAAUACUUUUAGAUGCUGCUGUUGUGUAUACAUUAAUACUUUAUGACCAUAAACCUUUCAUCACAUAUCAUUACAGUUUGAUAAUAAACCCUACAGAUGAGUUCUGGAGUCAAACUGGAUACCAGGAUUUCAGCAGGUUGACAUUUAUAUAUGAAAUAUUUUACUAUUGUGAACUAAAAGUUGAAGAUGCCAAAGGCUUUCCUGUCUUUUUGUGGUUCAAGCUUCCUAGUUCAUACAGUGUUUUCAUUUAACUGAAUUCCAACUUUCUGCCAAGAACAUCAGGAGCAUAUGGAAGACAUUCCCUCUUGUUGAUUCUUUAUUCACUUUGUAAAAAUGUCAAUUUGUCAUAUCAGAUAUUCCUCUUUUUUUGGGGGGGGUUUUGUUUUAAGAGUUCUACAUAAGCAAUAAAGUGCUUCU